UUGACCUCACCUGGCUGCAAUAUAAAACGCAACACUUCAGCGUUUGGCUCCAUUUGGUCUAUUUAGUUUUAUUUGUAGUCAUGGCUGUGUGUUUUUUUCUGUGUGUAGUGCUAAUGCAGUUGUCAGGGUCCUUGCAAGUCGUGUUAUCUGGGAGCACUCCUUUGAAAUGUGGUCUGGGCUCGAAGCUGUGCCAGGAUGGCUCAGAGUGUGUACGCUACAGCCAUGUGUGUGAUGGAGAACGCGACUGCAGGGAUGGCUCAGAUGAAGAGGACUGUGCAUUAGAAUGCAGUGAAGGCCAGUUCCAGUGCUCUCAUGGGCAGAAGUGUAUAGACCAAGUCCAAGUGUGUGACGGCACGCCCCACUGUCAGGACCGCUCUGAUGAGCUGGACUGUAUGACGCAAACGGAGGGCUGUGUUCACCAGUGUGACAACAGGAGCCGCUGCCUACCUGCCACCUUCCUCUGUGAUGGGGAGCAGGACUGUUCAGACGGCUCAGAUGAGGCCAACUGUGAGGACAAGGAAGCAACCCAAAAUAAGAAGCAUAGUGAAGAGACUAGUGACGGCUCUACGCCUGCUGCCCCUGUCAGCUCACGUCCUGCUCCCAUCAAAUGUUCACUGGGCUCCAUACCCUGCAAAGACAACACGGAGUGUGUCCUCUACAGCCAUGUCUGUGACGGAGAACCAGACUGCAAAGACGGCUCAGACGAGAGGGAAUGCUCAUCAUCAUGUCAAACAGGCCAGUUCCUGUGCGCCCAUGGAAAGAAAUGUGUAGACCAGGGCCAGGUGUGUGACGGCGUUCCCCACUGUCAGGACCGCUCAGACGAACUGGGCUGUGCCAAGCGCAUGGACGGCUGCACUCACCAGUGUGACAACAGGAGCCGCUGCCUUCCUACCAGCUUCCUCUGUGACGGAGAGAGGGACUGCUCAGAUGGCAGCGAUGAGGCAAACUGCGCUGAUGUGGGCUGCAAUACCAGUGAAUUCACAUGCACCAGUGGCCAGUGUGUGUCGGCCACCAUGCGCUGUGACGGCCACCCAGACUGCUGGGACCGCUCCGACGAAGAGAACUGCACCAAACCACCGGUCUGCAGCACCAAGCACCGCUGCCCUCAGAGCAAAGAGUGUCUGGUGCAGGAGUGGAUCUGCGAUGGAGACCACGACUGCAAAGAUGGCUCUGAUGAGAAGGACUGUCCUGUGGCCUCACUGAACUGUGGGCAGUUCCAAUGGGCCUGCGCCUCCAAAACAAAGUGUAUCCCUGCAGCCUGGAAGUGUGACGGCAUGAAAGACUGUGAUGACGGGAGUGACGAGACUGAAUGUGGAGCGGUGACUUGCCUCCCUCACCAGUUCCAGUGUGGCAGCCAGGAGUGCCUGGAACCAGCCCUGAUGUGUAAUGGGAUCACAAACUGUGCAGACGGCUCAGACGAGGGAGGGAGCUGCCAGAUCAAGUGUGCGGAGCCAGAGAACACCCGCUGCUCCCAGAGCUGCUACAGCACCCCACAGGGAACACGAUGUGGCUGUGCAGCAGGGUUCAGACUAAUGGAGGACGGGGUCUCCUGUGUUGAUGUUGAUGAGUGUGAAGGCCGGAGCCCAGGCGUGUGCAAUCAGGUGUGCAUCAACACUCCAGGCUCCUACCAGUGUCAGUGCCACCCAGGUUAUGCUAUGGAGGCGGAUGGACACCGCUGCAAGAUCACUGGUGAGCCCUUCCUGCUGGCAUCGGUCCAAACAGACUUCUUCCUCUUUGGCCUGCGAAGUGGCAGCCUAGAGGUGUUGUCCUCCCCAGCCAAGAAGGCCAUCCUGUCUCUGGACUACGACUGGAAGGAGCAGAAGGUCUUCUGGGCCAGUCUGGACUCCGAGAGCAUCAGGUGGUCCUCCCUAGAUCAGAGGACCAGGGGAACUCUAAUCAGAGAUGUCAGGUCUGACUCUGUAGCUGUUGACUGGAUCGGUAGGAAUCUGUACUGGAUCGAUGGGGUCAGCAGUCACAUUGUUGCAGUCAGACUGAACACAAACUCUGCCAAGCCACUGGAAUACAGCAUCAUCCUGGAUGAAGACCUGGACCAGCCCCGCUCUCUGGCACUGCUGCCACAAAGGGGGAUAAUGUUCUGGACAGAGAUUGGUAAUGAUGUGAAGAUUGAGCGGGCUGGCAUGGACGGAUCAGAAAGGAAGGCAGUGGUCAACUCCAGUCUGGGCUGGCCAGGAGGCGUAGCUGUGGACAUCAUCUCAGACAGAGUCUACUGGACGGAUGAAAGGCUCAAGGCUAUAGGAUCUGCCACACUGGAUGGGGACGACAUCCAGAUCUUGCAGAUGAAGGAGACCACCAACCCGUUCUCCCUGGCUGUAUUAAAUGACAUCCUCUACUGGUCUGAUGCCAAGAGGCGGACAGUGCAGGCCGCCCAUAAGAUCACUGGAAAAAACCAUCAGGUUCUCCUCAAGAGGCCAAGACAACCUUUUGGUGUGAAGAUCGUCCACCCACUGCUGCAGCUGGGCACUGAGAGCCCUUGUGAUAAAAUGGACUGCUCCCACUUGUGUGUGUUGGCCCCGGGACCUAAGGCUGUAUGCAAGUGCCCCUCUGGUCUUCUGCUGGCUGAAGAUGGUCUGACCUGCUCAAGCCUGGUCAACACUGCGUUCCUGUUGAUACUCUCGCCCUCCACGGUUACCCAGAUCUACCUGCAGGCCCGACACACGGCAGCAGAGUUGAAAGGCUGGCCUGAACACCUGGCCCUGCAGGUGCCCAAUGUCAAUGAGGCGGCCAUCUUGGAUUACAGCCUGCGAGACCACACCCUGUUCCUGACUGAUCGUGGCACAACCUCGCUGGGCCUCUUCAAGCUGAAGGACGUGGACCUCAUCUCUCAAGGCCAGCUCCUCAAACUCCUGGGUGACACAAUCACUGCCAUGGCCCUGGACUGGAUAACACGCAACGUCUACUGGAGCAGCACCAAACAGCCCCGCCUGCAGGUCACCUCUGCCACUGGUGUGCACACUGCUGUUGUGAUCAGGGAUGAUAUUGGUGGUCUGGAGUCCAUUGCCCUCCAUCCUCCCAGUGGAAGAGUUUGUCUCAUCAAUGUGGGUCUGCAGGGCACAGGUACCCUGGCUACAGUAGAGUGUGCCCAUAUGGAUGGAGCUGAGCGACGUGUAGUGUGGAAGGAUGCUGCCCAGCCCACAUCUUUAAUCUUUUCCAAUAAGGGGGAUCAAAUCUACUGGGCCGAUACCAGCUCAGGGACAAUCAGCUCUGUCCAGCUUGAUGGCUCUGAGUACAAAGAGUUCAAGGCUGGCAGUGGCCUCGCUGCUCUGGCUCUGAGUGAUGACCUGCUGCUCUGGGUGACUGUCAGUGACAAGGCCAGGCUCUGGUACAGAGACGAGCAACAGCAGACAAAAUUGUGGUUUGAGGUCAGCACACAGGUGGUCAGUUUGAAGGCAUACAGCAAGUCCAGCCAGACAGGUUCAAACCAGUGCUCUGUAAACAACGGGAACUGCCAGCACUUGUGUCUCGCCACCCCUGGAGGUCGGAUGUGCAAGUGUGCCCAUGACCAUAUCUUGGUGAAUGCCACCCACUGUGUCCUGGGACAGCGCUGCCCCACUGGCAGCAGGCCUUGUCUGGAUGGGCUUGCGUGCCACCCAGUGGAGAAGUUCUGUAACAGGCAUGUGGACUGUCCUGACCAUUCAGAUGAGAACUGUGUCCAUCUGAAGCAGGGGUCAGGAGCCAAGGCCACUGCCCCCACCCAGCCCCAGCCUACCAGCUCCUCUCCUCCCCCUCUGUCUGACGCUGCUGGCUUGAACACCACCAACAGCCUGAAUGUCAGCGGGUUACUCAGGAACUUGAACGCCCAGCAGUGCAGCCAGAGUCGCUGCAGUGGCAGUGGACGCUGUGUGGAGAGCAAUGGUGACACCAGCUGUGUGUGCCUGCUGGGCUACAGUGGCGACUCGUGCCAGGACCAUCUCCUGAAGAACUUUCAGGGUCCCAUUGUCUACGGGGCAGCAGGCAUCUGUGUAGCAGUGGUGGUCAUUGCCAUUGUGACAGUAGUGAUUAAAAGGAAGAAAAAUAUCAACACAAGGAGAGCUAGUCCAGCAGUGAAGGAAACCAGCAUGACUGACUUGGAGAAAAAAGCUGAGUCUGCCCCCAGCACACGACCUGCCCCAGCUGAAACAGACAUGGCAGAGGAAGUGGUGUCUUCUGUGGACUGAGUCUGAUUUAUGUGCAACUUGUUUGUUUCUGUUUUUUAAAUAAACAUGUUGCAGUUUCGA